AUGGAUGCAAAGAAGGACGAAGUGACUUGGAGAUCUCUUCCCAGGAAAGAUCAACUCGCGAUAUUAUGUUUCCUGCGGUUUGCGGAGCCGGUGGUCAGCAUCUCGCUGCUCACCUACCUCUUCUACCAGCUCCAGUCUCUGGACCCCAAUCUCGAUUCCGGAUCAGUGGUACGGCAGGUGGCGUACAUGCAAACGAGUUUCAUGCUCUCGCAAUGUUUCUCGUCAAUGUUCCUCGGCAGGCUGGCGGACUCUCCCAGAGGAGGCAGGAAACCGGUCCUGCUUCUCGGAGUUGCGGGAUCCUUUAUCGGUUGUGUUUCGUUCGGGUUUAUCACCAACUUCAAGCAAGCAUUGGCUCUCCGCAUCCUAGAAGGACUCGUCAACGGCAAUGUCGCGACGAUUCGGACGAUGGUCUCUGAGGUGGUGGCAGAGAAACGAUACCAACCGCACGCCUUCUUGCUGCUCCCAAUUUCAUUCAACGUCGCCGCGAUGUUCAGCCCCCUGAUGGCAGGACAGUUAGCGGACCUUGCUGGAAAAUACCCCGAAAAGUUCGGGAAUAACGCGUUCUUGAAGGCAUGGCCAUACGCACCGCCCGCCCUCUUGAGCGGCUUCUUCCUCCUGAUAGCCUUCUGUGCGGUGUUCUUCUUCCUUGAAGAGACCCUCGAGCCAUUGAAAGACCGCUACGAUCCAGGUAUUGCGUUCACAAGAAAGGUCCGCACGAUCUUCUUCGGCAGCAAGGUUGCUACCGCCAGCCGAGUCGCCCAGGAAGAAGCUUCGCACGAGGAGAUGUCGCGCAUGAUCGCCGACGACCCGGAGGCGGCGGACAGAGACUCAGAAGAGCACCCGGAGUCGCUCAAGCCCGCCAAACCCCAGCGCAUCUUGCCCCUGCGGAGAAUGUUCACGCGGAACGUCUGCUUGACGCUCGUGGCGUAUGCGCUCCAGGAGUACCACAUCACGACCUACAACACGCUCUGGACGAGUUUCCUCAGUGACCCCGUCGACACGAAGAACCAGGCGCGAUUGCCGUUCUUCUUCUCCGGCGGCGCGGGUAUGAAACCCGAUCGCAUCAUGUGGUCCCUGUUCAUCGUUGGCGUGAUGGGAUUGCCCACGCAGCUGUUCAUUUACCCCCGGAUCAACCGCCGCAUGGGAACGCUGAAGAUGUGGCGGACCUUCAUGAUGGGGAUGCCGCUGCUGUACUUCAUCAUCCCAUACAUCGCCGCGGCACCGCCGACUGCGGCCCCGCCUGCUGGCAAAGAGGGAUUCUGGGUCUGGUUUCUCAUCGUGUUGUCCCAGGUCAUGAUGGUUGGAACCUCCACGUUUGUUGUUCCGGCACAAUUGGUGUUGACGAAUCUAUCUUCACCUCACCCCUCGGCCCUGGCUCGAACCCACAGUAGCGCCUUUUUACUUACAGGAUUGGUACGCUCAGCAACUUCGGCGAUCGCAGGUAUCGUGUACAGCUACGGAUCGUCGCACAAUAUGACUGGCCUCGUGUGGUGGACUGCCAGCGCAGUUGCCGCGAUCGGUUGCCUCAACAGCAGGAUCGUGAAAGAAGGAAACGGCCACGAAAUUUGGCUCACUGGGGACACCGAGUAA